GGCAGAGGCACACCGGGCUGGACUCCGGGCAGAGGCACACCGGGCUGGACUCCGGGCAGAGGCACAUCGGGCAGGACUCCGGGCAGAGGCACAUCGGGCUGGGACACCGGGCAGAGGCACAUCGGGCUGGACUCCGGGCAGAGGCACAUCGGCUGGACUCCGGGCAGAGGCACAUCGGGCCAGAGGCACACCGGGCAGAGGCACACCGGGCUGGACUCCGGGCAGCAGGCACAUCGGGCAGGACUCCGGGCAGAGGCACAUCGGGCAGGACUCCGGGCAGAGGCAAUCGGAUUACCAGGCGAAGCAGCAGGCAGCGGGCCACCAGGCGGAGCAGCAGGCACACUGGGCCCCAGGCGGGGCAGCAGGCACCGGGCCCCCAGGUGGAGCAGCAGGCACCCGGGCCCCUGGGCGGAGCAGCAGGCACCAGGCCCCCCCGGGCAGAGCAGCAGGCCCCGGGCGGGGCAACAGGUAUCGGGGCCCCCGGGCGGGGCGACCGGCAUCGGGUCCCCAGGCGGGGCAACCGGGCAUUGGGCCCCCAGGCGGAGUGGCAGGACAAUGGAUCGUCUGGCUGGACAGCGGGCAUCGGGUCACCAGGCAUCAGGUCAUUUGGCUCGACAGCGGGCACCGCGUCAUCUGGCAAGGCAGUGGGCUCCGAGUCAACAGGCACGACAGUGGGCACCGGGUCAUCAGGCAUUGGAUCGUCUGGCUCGACAGCGGGCA